AGACUCUAGAAGAGCAGCUCCUUGAGUUUUUAAACACCUUGUUAAAGGUGUACAGCCACUCCUGAAACUGAAAACAUCAGCUGAUCUUUUUCUAGUAAUUGAAGAUGUGGUGGAUUCUGCUUUUCAUAGAAUGGCUUGUGGAUUGGGCACGUGGCACAUACUGGUACCUGUUUGGCAGGAGAAGUGGCCUAUGCAAGGGGACCAUCAGCCCUCCAGGCCCACUAGUUGUAGACCAAAAGAAAAAGGACAGACUUCUUCAGAAAGAGUUUAGUGAAUUUGAAGUACCCAAGAACUUUGACGUCAUUGUGAUUGGCAGUGGUAUUGGUGGUUUGACAGCAGCAGUGGUUUUGGCCAAACUAGGAAAGAAAGUCCUGGUUCUGGAGCAAGAUAAACAGGCUGGAGGCCUGUGUAAGACCUUCACUGAAAAAGGCUUUGAGUUUGACUGUGGCUUCCAUUAUGUUGGACAACUUCAUGAGAACAGCUUCCUGAAAGUUGCGUUGGAUCUGAUCACUGAUGGCCAGGUGCAUUUUGCUGAGCAGGGAUCCCAUGUGGACACUGUUGUUAUUGGUACAGCAACACCGCAUAAAGAAUACACUAUCUACAAUGGUAAGAAACAGAUGGAGGCUCAUCUAAAGAAGCAGUUUCCCAAUGAUACUAAAGCAGUGGAGGAGCUCUUCAAAAUCAUGAAGAUCUGUUCCAAGAAGAUCCAUCUGCUGUGUAUGCUGAAGAUGGUUCCGCUCUGGUUUGCUCGCUUCAUACUGUGGAGUGGAAUUGCUGAUCUAAUAUCCCCAAUUUUUAAAUACUCCCGCACCAGUACAACAGAUGUAGUCAAGUCUCUUACCAGCAACCUGGACCUCCUCACAGUGUUUUCUCAAAUAUUUUAUGGUGUCCCACCCAAAAACUCCAGUUGCAUGAUUGAUGCCCUCUUCUUGCACCACUCAAAGCGUGGUGUGUACUAUCCUAAGGGUGGUGCCAGUGAGAUCCCAUACCACAUCAUCCAGGUUUUGGAAAAACAUGGCGGGAAAGUCUUUGUCAAUGCUCCUGUGUCCAGCAUUCUAGUUGAUAAACUAAAUGCGUAUGGAGUGACUGUGAAGAGCGGAGAUCAUGAUUUUGAAGUUCGGGCUCCUGUGAUUAUUUCUAAUGCUGGCAUGUUCACUACUUUCAAGAAGCUUCUGCCUCCUGAGGUCCAGACAAAUCCGAAGGUCCAAGACUAUCUUCAUACUCUGAAACCAGGCAAAGGAUUUUUCCAGGUGUUUGCAGGCUUUAAUGCAACUAUGGAAGACCUGGGCAUCUCCUCAACCAACAUGCGACUAUAUAAGUGCAACAACAUGGAUGAAAUGAUGGAAGAGUACUUUGCUUCAGACAAGGAAGCCGCACCUGACAACAUCCCCAUGAUGUACGUUUCCUUCCCCUCUGCGAAGGAUCCCACCUCAUGCACCCGUUUCCCAGGGCAGUCACGUAUGGUGAUCCAUACCAUGGUCAAUCCAAAGUGGUUUGAACAGUGGAACAAUGUCAAUGAGACUGAAAGGGAUGAAGAAUAUGGAAGAUACAAGAUGAGAUUUGCUAAUCAUCUCUUUGAAUGGGCUUGUGUCCACUUCCCUAAACUGAAAGAGAAGGUAGCAAUGUUGCAUGCAGUCACUCCCAUCAAUAUGCAUGAGCUGGAGGCUGCAUAUGGAUCCAUGCUGUCUGCAGAGCACAGUCUGGACCGAUACCAGCCUCUGAACAUUGCCAUGACCAGGUGCAACACUCCUGUCAAGAGCCUCUACCUGUCAGGGCAAGAUGUUUUCUCUGGGGGUUAUUCUGGUGCUCUACAUGGUGGACUUCUUUGUGCUUCAACUGUUAUGGAUCAGUGUCUGUAUGUUGACCUCCUGCUCCAACAGAAGAAACUGAAGAGGAAGGUGGUCAAGAAACUAGAUUGAGAAAUGAGGGAUUAUAUUUGCGCUCUUGAUCCUGUUCUCUUGCUGUAUUGUGCGCACAUUUUGUUCUCCUAACUCAGAAUAAAAAUUUGAAUAUUGCA